AUGAUAUCGAAGAACAUUUUCUCUAUUCUUGCAUUCGUUUGCUUUUCUCUUACUACAGCAUUUGUUGCUCCAGAUUUAGUAAAUUCUGGUGUUUACGUAGCAGAUAUCAUCUUUUCUGUUUCAAAUGGAACUUCCGUCCCAUUUGUUAUUUACUCAAAAACCGGCCUUUCUGUGAAAGUUGAUGCCACUAAUCCCAUUUAUCCCAACUCUAGUGUUUCUAUAACUUGGGAUCUCACCUAUAUUGAUGGAGAAGAGGCUAAGAUUAGUCUCACCAGCUUAAAAGAUUCAACUCUUGAUUACACUGUAAUAAGUGUUCUAAAUAAUGGUGCUGCAACUGUUGAUGUCGCCAAUCAAUUUGGUUCUGGCAUAUCAGAAACUUUUACUAUCCUUUCUAAAGACGACCUUAAGGUUGACCUCGACAAGGCAAGCUUAGCUCCUCGAACUGCUAUUGCCAUUACUUGGAAACCAAUUAAUACCCUGGGUCUCGCAAAUAUUUCCAUCAUUCGUCUUUCAACUAAAAAAGUUACCGAGAUCGCAGUUAAUAUCGAUGAUAAUGGCCCUUUCGAGUUGGCUGGUGAUUACGCCCCCGGUGCGUAUCAGGUCAUUGUCAACUCUUCAAUUGGCAGCGGUGUUUCCGAGAUUUUUCAAGUUACGACAACAUCACUUGAAGUCACAGCUGCUCCAAACAAUAUAUCCUCUGCAGAUCCCAAGACCACAGUAUCCUGGACUCCACACGAUGAAUAUCAAAAGGAAGUUAUUCUUUACAUCAAAAAAGGUGAAACAGAAGUUGAUAAAAUGGCUGUCGAAAACAGCGGCUCCUACUCACUUGAUCUCACUACGAUGGGCUUGUCUCCAGGCCUAUAUAGCGUUGGUAUUAAUUCGGAUAUUGGGGAUGGAUUCUCGAAGCUUUAUAUUUACAGCAAUGCUGGCUUGGAUGUUUCUUCUCCAAAUGCCGCAUCAUCUAUUUUCAACAACACGGAAGCAAUGCGUGUUGAAUGGGAAUCAUUCGAUGAAUCUGUUUCCGAUGUUCAGAUCACUCUGGUCAACAAUAAUACAGGUGAAAAAGUUGUGAAGAUAGCUGAAAACACCGGAUCUUAUGAUGUUAAUAUUGCCGAGUUGAAUCUUGAAGUCGGAACUUACCAUGCUAUUGUAAGCUCAGACUUUGGUGCUGGCAUAUCGUCUCCAUUCAUCCUUCGCUAUGCUGAACACCUCAAAAUUAACUCUCCAAAUGCGACGACCAAUAUUUCUCAAGCGGGUUCAAUUCUAUUUAACUGGCUUCCAACAAAUCUAGCAGGCGGAAAUGUCUCCAUAAAGAUCUAUCAGCCUUCAAACAAAGAUAUUGUUUAUGGUCCGUUCAGCACUGCUGAUGAUGGAAAUGCAGAAUUGAACCUUGCAGACAAGGUCAUUAACAAAAAUCUUGCUUUAGAUAAUAACCUUCCUUUUGUUGGAAGCCAGUAA